AUGCCUCAGGAUAUGCCGCCUGCUGGCGGCUAUGCCCCAGUUCAGUAUAAGCGAAACCUUCCCUUCCGCGGUUUCCGACCCCGAACGUACCUCCUCGGCAUCGGCGUCGUCAUGGCCUACGGCUGGUACAAGCUCGUCAGUGGUAUCCGCGAAACGAACGAGUACGCCCGUGAGAAGAUGUGGGCUCGUAUCCACCUCCUGCCCGUUCUCCAGGCUGAGGAGGACAGGGACCAGGUGAGGCGGUAUCUUGCCGAUCAGGCGCGUGAGAAGGAGCUUUUGGGCGAGAAUACCAAGGUGUACCACAGCGACAGACUUAUCGCCAGCCUACUCUAUGUGCCUCACGUGCAUAAGUACGAUAUCCCUGAUCAGGAGGAACGUGUGAUGCCUUGA